UGUAGCAAGGUUCAGUGUCGCGCUAGCUUCCGCCCGGUACGGAUCUUGAAGUCUGGACUUUGAGGAAUACAGACUCUUGGACGGUUUGAAUUAAAGCAGUCAGUCUUGCCGGAAGGUGAUAUUGGAAGGCACCAUCGGUUGGCUAAUUUGAGUGUGAUUCGUUGGAAAGGAAAUGUGAAAUUAAGCAUCGCGUUGGUCGUGGCUCGUGAUUGUAAUACGAGAUUGUGUUAACGACGGAAAUCGAAGGCUUGCAGUGGAGAAUCGGAAAAUCUUGGAUUACCAAAUUAAAGUAAACAAAUUAAAUUUGGAUAUGAUGAAGCAUGAAAUCACAUCACUCCUAUGAUUGGGCUGGCGCUCGGAAUACGUUGUGGAACUUCAUGAAAUUUGGUGCCAUUAUGGUGAUGGAUGUGUGAAACAAGAAAAGUGUUUGUAGUCCUGAAGUUUUAUAACUAAGCGAGAGCUAGAUGUCGGGUCAUAGCGACAGGAUGUUUGGCGCACAGCGGAGUGAUUUAUUGCAACACGAUCCUUUAAUGGAAUACCAUGUCAAGAGGAUUUUCCCAACGCGCAAAUUAAUGUCAGUGUAAGAUAUUAAAUUUCCCAUCAUCGUUCCAUCCGUUUUUCUUGGUGAUUGUUGAAUACCGUGGGCGGUUCAGAGUUACCGUCGAGGAAGUUAAAUUCAACGUUAAAGUAGUUUAGUGGAAAAUAAGUUGAACUUUGUGAAAACUGUAGUGUUAAUAAAAACUGAGAGUGAGCUUGUUUUGGAAGCUGUAGAUUCGUUUUGACGUUCUCAGGAGAUAAAACAAAAUCUCCUCUGUCACCAACUGUAACAUGUGUCGAAAAAGGACGGCAUAUCCGUUCCCCAUCGUGACGCCUGGAAAGCGUCCAACUCCGGAAUGAAAAAUUAAAAAUCAACUCAGUCUCAGUGUUCUUAUGUGUGAAUGUGUCGGAAAACUCAAGAAGAAACAAGUGAACCGUAACUCGUUCCUCAUCCGUGACUGCAGAAGCCAGAUCAAAUCGUUCCUUAGACAUCCAAUCGGAGGCACAAAACGUCACCAUAAUGGACGUGGUCCUGUCCAGGCUGAACAUCAGCUUGGAUAAUGUGACCCUUAGCACCAGCACCAUCCGGCAGGGGCUCAUCGAAGAGUACAGCAACAAUCGGAAGGUCGGCGAGCCCGCCUACCACAUACUGAUUGUUCUGUACAGCAUACUGAUCAUAUUUGGCGCCACGGGCAACAGUCUGGUGGUAAUGGCCGUCGCUCGGAAACCGCAGAUGCGAACGGCGCGCAACAUGUUCAUCGUCAAUUUGGCCGUUUCCGAUUUACUACUGUGCCUGGUUACGAUGCCGCUGACGCUGGUGGAAAUUCUCACCAAAUAUUGGCCCAUGGGUCGGUUGCCGUUCCUGUGCAAAUCGAUUGGCACCCUUCAGGCCACCAGCAUCUUCGUGUCCACCAUUUCCAUCACGGCCAUCGCACUGGACCGAUAUCAAGUCAUUGUCUACCCCACUCGUGACAGUCUCCAGCGGAUGGGUGCCAUUGUGAUACUAACCGGCAUCUGGAUCAUCUCGCUGGUGCUUGCCUCGCCGAUGUUCAUCACCAGGCGGCUGAUCCACUACGAUGUCAACUUGCCCAGCCUGGGGAUCGAGUAUAUUUCCUACUGCAUCGAAGACUGGCCAAUGGCACGUGGCCGAGUGUAUUAUUCGGUGUUCACCCUAUGCGUCCAGUAUCUCCUGCCAAUUCUGAUAGUGUCGAUAGCGUAUUUACGAAUUUAUCUCAAACUGAAGCACCGUCUCGUAGUAACGACCACUACCGUGAGCACCAAUUCCAACUCGAUGGAUUCGCAGCCCGUACGGGAACGGGAACGAGGCCGGCGAAUGCAACGAACCAACUACUUGCUGAUAAGUAUAGCCCUAAUCUUUGGAAUCUCGUGGCUUCCACUGAACCUGUUCAACCUGUUUGCCGACCUGUAUCUAAGUGGAAUCACCCAGGAGAUCAUGGUGGCAUAUGCCAUCUGCCACAUGAUGGGCAUGAGCUCGGCCUGUUCCAAUCCGCUACUCUACGGUUGGCUGAACGAUAACUUUCGUAAAGAGUUUAACGAGAUCCUCUGCCGAAAGGAGUCAAGUUCACUCGUUGCGAACGGUGCCGGUGGAGGCAAAACCGUCUCACGAAAGAUUCGAACUACAGGACCCGCUCCGGAAGUAACGCAGCACAAUCCAAACUGGAACGAACACUCGGAUGAAUCGUUGAACCAACAGGACCGGAUGAAGCUGUGCAACGGCGACGAGGACAGCGUUUGAGGACGGUUGCCAAGAUAUUGCUUCUUGUUCGACUUCACGGUACAUCGCACCGCCAAAGACAGAAAGCGCACUGAAGCGAGUUUUCUGUGAAUAAGGUGAUAGGGGUAAUUGUUGCACUGAUAGUGGGAGCAGCUGGUGCGCAUAUCUGCGCUGGAUUGUGGGACGAUUCUAGGAUACCAGUUGAAGUGGCUUUAGCUGGGAUCUACAAUAAAGCAGAUAAUGCACAACGAAUGCAGAGGCUAGAGAGAGCUGCGCCUAAAGGUAUGGAUUGUAUAGACGAAAGUGUGGUGAGUAUGGUUUGUACAAAAUAGGCAGUAAUGCUGCAGCAGCUAACUGUAGGCGAAUGUGGAAAUUUAAAUUCAUAGCUACUAUGAAGUGCCCGCAUAAUUUUACGAUUCGUAAUCUGUAGGCUGGGAAAAGCGAGAAAGAUGCGAGAAAAUGUGUGCAACUAUUUUUUGCAGAAGGUGGUUCGACUCCAUGCUUGUUUUCGAUUGAAUUCACAUUUAUUAUACAGUAAACGUUACCAGUAGGGUCUCGGUGGUUCAAUGCUGCUGCGUAACAUAUUUUUUAAACGAAAUGAAUAACUCUUAUACAGUAUUGGACAAAAUAAUUUGCAACAAAUUGUUACACUUCAAAAAUAACUUGAAUUUCAACAUAUAUUUUUGAGUGAUUUUUCCAAUCACGAGUUCAAAAGCAGUAACGGU